UCGGACAUUGGAAGGAGAAAGGAGACGUAGACCCGGCAGGAAAUUCGCCGACUACAAAUGUGACCCAAAUCUAGUCAAAUUCUUCAUGUUGGAGGGACUUGGAGCUGCCCUGACGAUGGUGCAUCAACCCAAAAACGUUUUUCUUAGCCUCAAGGGCCGAGAAAUAGGCUUUAGAGGUCACAUUCGACAAAAUAUCCUGCCUCACUUUGCAGAAGAAAUCGCGGCGACUUCUUCCACCUACAAUAAAGCCUGCAAUUUGCCAGGAACUCCACGAUGCACGUUCCUAGUUACCUUCAGUCAUGACCACAAAUUGGUAGCCUCCUCCCAUGGUAACCACAAUAUCAACAUAUCACGCCUGACUACUGGUGAACAUGUACAAACCCUAACUGGUCAUCCAAGGAGCCCUUGGUGUGUGACCUUUCACCCUUCCUCCAAUGAGAUUCUUGCAUCUGGCUGCCUUGGUGGUGAGGUCCGAGUCUGGGACUUACAGGGGAGCAGUGAAGUUUGGCAGUCAGACAAUCACUCCAUGAUUGCUUCUCUUUCCUUUCAUCCGCGGGAUCAAGUCUUGGCAAUUGCAGCACAGGAUCAGAUUCUAUUAUGGGACUGGCGCCAACCUGUGCCAUUUGCCUCUGUUGCAAUUUCUUCACCAUUGGAGAAAGUCAGGUUGGUCAGGUUCAGUCCUUUGGGUCACAAUCUUCUGACAGGGAUCGCCAAUGCUCCCGUUGAUGAAGAAGAACCCGAAUAUGAAAACCUAGAUGUACAGCACGAAGCCUACCAGAGUUCUGCUAGACUAUCACGCCAUGGUGUUCCAGAGCAUCUGAAUCCAUACCCGAGACCUCCACGUGUAGAGCCAACUCUUCAGGGAACAUACUCCACAAGUUUGCCUGCAUCUCAUGACCUCUCUGCAUCUCAGCCAAUGAGGCCUGUAUCGCCAAUUCAAAGUGAGACUCUUGAAGAUGCCAGGGAAUAUGCAGCAGCUGUAACACUGACUGCUUUAGGACUCAGAAGAGUUCAUCCUUCCAGUAGCUCAGCUCGAGAUUACCCAUAUGAAGGCAGCCAAGCUGGUGGUCAGAACCUUCUCAAUGCACAGUCAGACGAAUAUGAAAAUAUCUAUCCGAGCCGGCUUCGGCGUCCACACAUCAUGCGCAAUGAUAAUGGGGCACAGAAUGACCCAUCUAGGGUUGCGAGACAUGUGAGAAGCGAAACAGGUGUCAGAAGUGGGAUAAGCUCUUGGAAUCUUAAUAGCGGAAGUGGUGAUGAAUCCAGUGGUGAAAUGAGAGUAAGUGAUGAUGCUGUUUUAAGCAGUGAAGAUGGUCAGAGCAUGAGUAAUAGGAUGUCUGAUGUUUCAAUUCAGGAAAGCAGAAACUUGUCCGAACCGCUGUAUGUGAAUAUGGACGUAACAAAUGGGGAUGAGAUUAGGAUUGCAAGAACAUCGCUAUCAAUCCCACCAGCACAAGCCAAUGCUAGUAGAAGCCAUAGUGAACAUCACAUAGCAAGAUUGCAACAACUCCCCUUAAAUACAGAUGAGAGAAGCGAAGAUGUGCCCACAUCUGUAUCUGCUCAUAAUUCUGCAAUGACAGCCACGUCAGAAUCUGAUCAAGAAAUUUUAGCUCCUGCAAAUGAAAUGAAACCUCUCAAUUUGGUGUCAGAGAAGAAACAUGGAACUCUUCCAUCCACAGACUCCACAAGACACAAGAUUCAGCUGUACAUUAUAAUGAGACAGACGGUUACACUCGCAGCUCUUCAAGUAUUAAGAAUGAGGACUGCCAUUCACCAGAAGCUAAGCGACACUGCCCAGAUGAACAGCCCAGUUCAAACUCUUAGAUUGAAAGGCACCAAUCAAAAUAACACCCAACAUUCCUUAAGUAAUCCAUCAACUUCAGCUGACAGAUCAUCCCGGAAUGGACAGAGUGUUCAUCAGCAGUUGCCUUUCUCUGAUGCUCAGGUUUCAAGUGUCGUUCAAGAAGUAGAACUUUUGCCUAGAAUGGAUGGUAGAUCUUCAGGUAUCUCAGCUAAUGUUUCAUCACAGCUGGUCAGCAGUGCAAGCAGUCGGGAUACAAGACCACAAAGCUCAGAAGCCCAACCAAACAUAGGUUCAACUGAAGCAGUAGCCACAGAGUCAUGUUGUCCUUCCACAUCUUCACGAAGUCAUACCACAACUGACUCUGAAUCUGAGAUGCAACCUGCUCUUCAAUCACAGAUCCUCUCACAUCCUCGUGCUGCUGUCCUGCACUGGGGCACUCAUGGCGUCAAAGAACAACAUUGUGCUUUCACUGCACAUUUAGGAACGAUACCUGACACAGCUCCACCAGACAGAACCUCAAGAUCAGAUAAUAACACCUCUCCACCGAGGCACAACCCCUUGCAAUCGGAAUUGGAAGAUAGCGCCUCAGAAGCCAAUCUUAUCUCACAAUCAGAGAGUGCAUCCUCUUCACUGAGCACCUCAUCCACAGCCAGUGUCUCUUUGCCAACUUCAUCAGCAGACUAUGCCAAUGUUGGUGCUUUACAGUCUGGGCCUCCUCAAGUUGGAACCAGAUUUGGACCUCAAAAAGGGAUGAGGGCGUUGCAUUUUGGGACUGUUGGAAAUCCGUCAAGAUCUCCAGGAACAACUGGCUCUAGUCCAAACCCAUUAGACUUAUCCCUCACAAGAGCAAGUGCUACAAGUCAUCCUGAGACUAGAAACAACAAUCCUGACAUGUCGUCUGAUGAGAGACAUUUAGAAUCUCCAAGGAGUAGUAUCCAGCAAGCUCAUUAUAGAAUAACUUCUGAAGGCCCAUCGCAGUCUGGCUCUACAAACCUCUCUCAAUCAGGAAGCAGACUAGAUGUUCCUAACCGUGACUCAUCGGUCAGAUCCCAUCAUCAAGCAGAGUUCCAGCCACCAAUUCCUGAGGGGAUAGACCUAUCCAUCCCUAAUGUCAGACAGGGAACCAGAUCUCGUGCACCUGUUGCAGCCCAUAUUCCUUCAAGUGGUAUGAGGCAAAGCAGUCACAUUGCCACACUUGGAGCCCCCCUUCCCCCUGAGCCAAUACAAGAGCCUCUCCAACCCGCCAACACAUUCCCCUCAACUGAUGCUGCCGCGAGAUAUCGUAGAUACAAUUUGUGGAGGAGUCCCGGCUUGCAUCGACAGCGCCUUGGGGGAUUGUCUCAGACCCCUGAUCCCCGAGAUGGUGAAUCAUUGAUGGGUGAAAACCAAGGAGACGAGCCACGUGCUGGAGUGAUAUAUGGUGCUCGUCGCGUUGCUCCUCUACACACACGUAGACAGCUUCACCUAGCCCUCUUGAACCAACCUUCGCGUCAGAUGACAGAUGUAGAAAGAAUGGACAUGGCAGCUAGGGUACAACGUCGCUUACUGAGACAAUCUCGUCAAGGACCUCUACGUGCACAGCUUGGUAGAUUAUCUGGUCAGUUUUCUGGUCAUCUUCAUCAUCCAAGGAACAGUAUCUUUGAUGAGACGUACCAACCACCACCUCCCAUGAUCCAUGCUACCAUCAACCGAGCUAUUGCGAGUGCUUUUGCUGGUCGCGGAGAGACAGCUGUUGCGAAUAACAUCAGCAAUACAACCUACAGGUUGCAGUGGUGGGAUUUCUCUGAGUUUGAGCUGCCAGAUAUCAGUGAUGCGGAUCAUAAUGUCAUUGUUCCCCAUUGCAAACUUCACAAUGAUGCCAGCUGUGACAUUUCUCAAGAUGGCCGUUACUUGGCAGCCUUUGUACCUAGCCCUCUUGGUUUCCCUGAGGACGGUGUGCUUGCCAUCUAUUCCCUCAUGCCCCACAACUUUGGUGAUGUGCUCUACACCAGGAGUUUUGGUCCCAAUGCCAUCACAGUCAAUAUUUCCCCUUUGAGUGGUUUUGUCAUUGUUGGUUUAGCUUCUCGCAAACUACAUCUCCACAUGGCAUCCAAACAGUUGAUUGGAAUGAUCUACAAGUUGCAUAAAGAAGGUGCAUCAGAGGACUCCUUACUGUAUGUCUGUGAUGUGGAUCAUAGCUGUAAUGAUCAGGAGAGGCGUCACCACGUCAGUGUGAAUACCGUUAAGUGGAUACCACAGCCUGGGGUUGGACUUGUCUACGGGACAAACAGGGGUGAUCUUAGAAUAUGCUCACCAGCGAAUUUUACAGCACCAGAUGACUCUAGUACUGACCAAAGUUACCGGUCAGACUACUUGUCCGUAGAUGACUACCCACGUCAUGAUCUGGUCCAUCGCAGACGUAGCUACACCUAUAUGUAUCAGGAAUUUGGUCUGAGGAACUUAGGCCUACAUCAUCCCUCCUCAUCUGGAGGUGGAGCUUCCACACCAGAUAGGAGGGCCAGGGGGACUCAGACACCACAGAGGGCGCUGUUUAGCAGCACAGCGACACAGACUGAGGAACAGCAGCAAGGAUAGGUAAUCCUGUCAUUUGCUGUCAGUGACGGACUCAGAGGACACUGUUCCCUCUGAUGACAGCCAACGGUGAAAGGCUGGAUGUAGAUCACAUGGUUUUUAAGGAGAUUAUGGGAAAUUUUGAUGUAUAUUGCAUGUACAAGAAGAUGGAUCUUAGAACAAGUGUACAUUAGAGAUCUGAAAAGGGUUUAUAUAAGAAUUGUAUCGUGCACAUACAAAAGAGGGCGCUGUGCACGUACAGAAGAGGGCACUGUUUGUGUGGUUGAGUGAUAAGCAUGUUCGUUAGCUCAAAAGAUCGAUGGUAGUGGUGUUAUUAAGUUUGAUGAAGGGCUAAGCAUCAACAUUCAAUGCAGGAGGGUCCUCAACAAUGAUUGAGGUAAGGUCUGGAUGUGGGAUUAGUUGCAAGAGCUCAGAGGGUAGGAGAAUGAAAGGGUCAUAUCUUCAGAGAAACUACUUCUGCUUUGAUAAAUAAUUUUUGUUUAGUAUUACUGUCUCUUAUUUUUCCUGCGUAUGGAAAGUACACAAACAAUUAUUGUCCUGGCUGACAUUUCAAGUUGAAGUAUGCUUUAAGAUGGGCAUUAUUUCUUGGAGCUGAGAUGUUUCUGAGUAUUACACAAUCCCUGUUUACACUUGGACCAUCUGGUAUUAAAGGAGCUGAAUGGACAACACUAACUGCAUGUAUACCAUAGAGCAAUAUAUGAAAACGACAGUGCAGACUCAUGUACAAAGUGAUGCCUGCUGGGCGCAUCCGUGUUUGUCCACAAACUUAUGGAAAACUCGAAAUUUUGUAUGGCUAAUUGCACAUCUGUGUCUGUAUUCUAAAAUGAUAUGUCAACAAAAAAGAUAUGCAAACGACCUGAACGUACAAUCAGUAAAUGAGCAUUUCAUUUUGCUCUGCGUCAAAACACAUAUACGUGUGUGUAUGCGCUGCACGUUUUGCCUUGAUGUUUUUUUAAUCUGAUACCCUAUGCGCACGACAGCUGCCACUCCAGAGCCGUCAACUCUGAAUUAAGGGAAUAACUUUUUCCUGAACUUAUUCAUCGAAAGACAUACAGAAUCGGAAAACCUUGCUUGAAUGUUAGGGAAACAUUCAUUUUAAUAUAAUCAGCUAUGGAUGUAAAUAAACAUGUGCUAUUGCUCUGUACAUGUGCGUCUUUAUAUAAAAGACACGCUGACAUUAGCAUGUUUUGUAAUUGUGCAUCGCAUUUAGAAUACACAAUUCAAUAUCCAUUCUAUCUGAUUUUUAAUGUUCUACAAGCAUACACAUGGAUUCAAAAUGUCUGCGCCCAAGACAAUGUCAAAUUUUCUCCGCACAGAGAAUGAGAAGUUUAACGCUCUAGUUUCUAUAUAUAGCUCUAUGUUGUACAUGUAUAUGCUUCACGUUUUCAACAGUUCUUGGGAAAGUGUGAAAUGCCGACAUUAGAUGUUUUUACUUUCGUUUUAAAUACAAUGUAUCUGAAGGGUUUCAAAUAUAAACAAAACAUUCCUCAUUUAUUUGUGGGUCUGAUUUUUAUUUAAAUGAAUGAAUGCAUUUUAUGGCCCAAGAUUAUGUCAGUUGUGAUUUUGUGUUUUUAGAGUUCAGAAGAUAUUAAAAGUGGUCGUGUGGUAGAAGUCAUAAAUUUAAGUUACCAACUUUGGUUUGCCUAAUAUUUGAACAUUUUCAUGACAUUUUGAUUCUGAUCAGAGACACCAAGAAUGUGAACGUUUAGCACCGUUUCUUUUAAUAUUCACAACUAUAAAGAUAGGGAGAGUUUUAAACUAUGUGAGACAGGUGAAACAGCAAAACCUGUAACGGUACAAAUAUAUGUAUGUACAAAUUUCUCCUGUGGAGAAUAAAAUGAACUUCUCGAUGUCAAAAACGAUUUA